UGGAGUCGAGCUGAGAAUCGCGCUCUGCUCGUGCACAAAUGCCGAAAACGGUACGCAGGGGCCAUUAGUAUUGAUCGUUUCCAAAGGGCGCCCGACGCAAGCACUUGGUAAGUAAGGGCAGCACCUAACAUGGGCCGCGUCCACGCCCAGAAGCUCGGCGCCUACUGGCUGACAAGCGUCGGAAGCCUCGCGAUGCAGUACUCCUUCAGCGUCAUCUUCGUCGACCUGCUCGUGGCCUUCGAUUCCACAAGAGCGGCCACCGCGGCGGUCGGUAGCCUCAGCGCGGGCUUGAUGGACGGCUUCGGCGUGAUCUCAGGGAGGGCCAUCGCGCGCCGCGGCGAGGUCGUCUGCGGUUCACUCGGCGCGCUCCUGUCCGGCCUCGGGUUGAUCGCGUCGAGCCAGUGUCAAACGCUCUGGCAGCUGUACGUGACGUACGGGAUUGUUCUGGGCGUGGGCCAGUCCCUAGGGCUCUACAGCGGCGUGAUUGCGUGCAACAAGUGGUUCCCCGAGAACACGGCGCUCGCGUCCGGCUUCGCUAAUAGUGGAGCGGGCGUCGGGCCCUUCGCGAUCCCGUUUCUGUGGGCCGCGCUUAAAAGAGAGACGGGUGGUUGGCGCGGGGCGCUGGCGGCGCUCGGGGCCAUGGUCUUCGCCGUGCUCUUCGCCGGCGCGCUGGGCCUCGCGCCGCCGCCGCCAUCGUCGGAGAAGCGCGCGCCCGUCUCUCCCAUCGCGGUGAGCGCCGUGCCGGGCGUCCGGCGGCUCAUGCGCACGACCUUUAUUUUCGGGUUCGGCUUCUGGAUUCCCGCGGUCCACAUCGUGCGCUACGGCCUGGACCGCGACCUGUCGCGGCGGCGCGCGGAGAGCCUUUUGUUGUACCUGGGCGCCGGCGCGCUGACGAUGCGGGUCCCCGUCGGCGCGCUGGCGGACCGAUGUGGCAGGAGCCGCGUCUACAGCGCGGUCUGCCUCACGUACGCCGUGGCCCUCGCGCUCACGCCGGUCUGGGAGCGCUCCUACGAGGGGCUCGCCGUCUUUUCGUUCCUCUGCGGCUCCUGCAUCGGCUCGUUGCUGUCGCUCUCGGCGACGCUCGUCGUCGACGUGGCCGAAGUCAGCGACCCGGACGCGCUGGCUCGCGCCUCGGGCCUCAUCUGCGCGUUUUUGGGUAUAGGCGGGACGCUGGGCCCUGUGAUUGCGGGCGCGUUCUACGAUGCGUACGAGACGUACCUGCCGGGCUUUAUUUUUGGUGCUUGCGCGCUCGCGCUCGCCGCGAUUUCGGUGCACGUCGAGGCAAGGCCGCCCGACGAGGCCACUACCACGUCUGUUGUUGUCUAAAACACACUA